AUGAUAUGAGCAGCACACACGUGUAGAGAGAUUUUGAGAGAUAGAGAAUUCGAGCAAUGGCGCGAAUUGUCUUGGUCGUUGCUUUUGCAGCCGUCGUCGUCGUCCAGGCCGCCAUGGCACAGAGGCCAGGGAUGCCGCCGGCCGUUGUUCCUCCUUCUCUGCCGACGACGACGCCGCCCGCGCCGACCGUCGUCGCUCCUCCUCUGCCAACGACGCCGCCGCCGGCCGUCGUUGCCCCUUCUCCUCCUCUGCCGCCGCUGACGCCGCCGCCGGCCAUUGUCCCCCCUGCUCUACCGCCGCCGCCGCCGCUGCCGGCCAUCGUCGUUCCACCGGCUCUGCCGCCGACGCCUGCCAUUGCUGUUCCUCCUGCCCUGCCGCCGAUCCCGGCCAUCGUUCCUCCUUCCCUGCCGCCGACGCCAGAGGCGAACCUGCCGUGCGUGGCGGAGCUGGCGCCGUGCUCCGAGUUCUACCGGAACGCGACGGCGAAGCCCACGGGCGCGUGCUGCGCGCCGCUGAAGAAGGCGUACGAGAGCGAGCUGGGAUGCCUGUGCUCCGUGCUGACGAACCCGGCGAUGGCCGCCACCGUCGGCGUCGACACGAAGAAGGGGUUGGAUCUGUUCGGGCGCUGCGACGUCAAGGUUCCCGCCGACGUGUGCAGCAGCCAUGCGCCUGCUCCUGCUCCAGCCAGCAGUCCUCCCACAGCGUCUCCAAACUCAGACAGCAGUGCCGCUCCUCAUGGUGCCCAGUGGAUGGUAUAUUCGAGCUUCUUCAGCAUCCUCCUUGUGGCUAUGUCCAUUCCUGUGUAAUAAGAUCAUUAUUUUUUCCUUCCUGGAGAGAAUACGUUAAUUUUCCCUUCUUAUGUAUGCAUGUUGAUUUGCAUAGCUGGUCCUUUGCCUGGUUGUCCACUAUUCCUGGGGAACCUUAUUAAUUUGUUUCCUUUGAGCACUAUUAUUAUUUGUUAUUUCGAAAAUGGUUAUUAUUUGAUACUUGUAAGUAUAUCUCCAUUUUUUAUGAAUAAUCGAUGAGCAUGGAUUUAGGCGGUGUCUAAAUCACAAGUGUUCGCUGGACAAUGAACUAGCUAUGGAUCAUAUGGUUGGUAAAUAGAAUAUCCAGGUGAACCUGGUGUAAACCCUGAUCAAGAAGUCGUUUAAAUUCAUCAAACAAACGAUCAAAAAGUAGAUAAUAUGAUGUUAUAUAACCAUGUAAAAACUCUUUUCUUAACCUGACUUUGUCUCCGACACAUAAAAAUAACUAAUCUAUAACUAUCAUUAGGACAACUUACUAGUUAGAAAUAUAUGUUAUUUUUAUAUCUGACGAACGAAGUUGAGUUUGGACAAUAUUUUGUAUAACAUAAGAUGGUCAAUCCGCAUGAGCUCAGGUAACAACGUGAGCAUAUGGAAGAAUGAAACUCAUGAUCAGAUUUUCAAAGUCAGGUCCCAACAACGAUACUAAAUCAUGGAUGUAGAGAAAGAACCGUCCAGCUUGGAGUCGUCUGCUCAAGUUUGAUAGUUGGAGAAGAAUAUGUCUAAUUAAUGAGCACACAUAGUAGGGAUGGCGAUAUCCCCAUAGGGGGCAGGGUUACUUUUUGUCCCAUGGGUGUGGUGGUUGGAGGCCCAACUAGUAGCAAGGGCUGAACUGAAAGUGACCCACAAGACCCCACGGGUAUGAUCUCUCUAGAGGUAGCCAUUCCAAACCUACCAGUCCAAGUCACUGGAGGCAACCAUAUAUAAACCAACCCUAACUCCGUAAAUCCACAGCUCCCACAGAUCUUCACACUGUCACCCCCAACAGAUGCAAAGGAGGCGGCGCAGCCUCUUCCACCAUGCUGCAUGAACGAUGUGGCAGCAUGCCGUUCUCCUAUCGCCAGUCCAUCCCCCAUGGCUGGUGCCCCGUACCAGUGCACCAUUGCCACCUACCCCUUGUCAUGGUCACUCAUAUCUCUACGGCUCAGCUCUGUCAAGAGGCAAGAAAGGUAUUCUUCAAGAGUACUCAACUGCUCAAUCCUCAAUCACUCCUUCCCUGAUUUCCUCAACUUCUUGCAUUCAGGUUUGGUACUGCAUGCAUUUAUUUUGAUGUCAAAGAACAUGAUUUGGUACUCAAUUAAUGUGGAUCCAUACUAAAAUAAAUUGAUUUGAUUGAUGCCCUAGAACAUGCUAUUGAUCUAUCUCUCUAAGCAUAGGAACAAGUAGUACAGCACACCUCCGUCCUUAAAAAAAAAAGG